AUGGAAACUACCUCAUCAACCGAGGCGUUCAUCUAUCAAAAUGAACCACCUGCCUGUGGUGUGAUACGCAAUGGAACCGACGUUACAGUUUUUGACUAGCAUCGAGCUGCGCAAAAACGUGAAGUAUACGCUGUGGAUGUGCCACCGUCAUACUCAGACUUGAUACCACCAUCCUACGAAUGGGCCAUCAAACAUAUGCGUAAAUCUAAGAAGGAACAACUUUCUUCUCCGUCCUCAUCUUCAUCUUCAAAAGACGAAAAAACUACCGAAAGCACUAUACACGGGUGUUUUAAAGUAUAA